GGGGCGCUGUCACUGUCUACUGCUUCAGUAUUACCUGCACCAUAAGAUCAACUACACUUUCCUGUGUAGUGUGUGUGUGGACAGAGAGAGAGAAAGAGGGAGCAGAGGAGAGAGCAAGAGACCCAAGCUUCAACUUUUCAACUGCCAGUGGGGUUGACUUUUUCUCAUCUUUUUUCUUCUCUGGAGAGAUUUGAUUUGAAGGACAUUUAUUUCUGCUGAGUUAUACAAAGUUGCAGGGCAACUGGCAGUGGACAUGGCUGGUUGUCUGCAAAGGACAGGACUUUGUAAAGGGCAGGCACGUUUGUUGAGAUGCCUCUUUGUGCUUUUCACUCUUGUCUUUUGCUUUUCUUCUGUGGACGCGGAGCCCCACCAAUUCGAUUCGGGUUUCCUUUACCGACAACGACAAGGACAUAAUGCUGACAGCAUCAUUGUGGCCAACAAUGGCCUCCGUGUUCCCUUCGGGAAGUCUGUGUACCUGGACCCUGUCAAUGACCUGGUGACUGAGGUGCAGCCCGGAGACCGCUGCUCCAUCACGGUCCUGGAGAAUGACCCACUGGCCCAAAAACCCGGAAUGCUUAGCCCUAAGAAGUUCCCCUGUGCGUUUGGCGGUGAUGAGGUGAAAUACACUCAUUUUGGCUCCCGGAGCCCCAGUAAAGACAGGGUGAAGCUGCAGCUACGCUACGACUCCCAGACGGACACGGUGGUCAUCCCCUUCAUGCUGGAGGUGGAGGUGGUCUUCCAGCAGCUGGAGGUCCUCACCAGGAACAUGCCCCUGGCUGUGGACAAGCUCAACAGCAACAGCAACCCCAUCGACAAAAAGGGCCUGGACUUUUCCUUUGAGGAUGGUGUCACUCAGUGCAAGGUCGCCACGCUGGUCGGCGCCGGCGGUCUCCCCAGGUAUGGCACCCUUUUAAAUAAUUCCACUAAUGGCCAGAUGAUGGACUGUGAUGAGUUUCUUAAGCAAGGCAUUCGCUACAAGCACACAUCCACCACCAACUCUCCUAACAGAGACUAUAUCCCCAUGUUGGUAGAGCUGCAGGAUAAUGAGGGAAACACCAUUAUGCAGGAGCAUUUCCAGAUCAUGGUUAGAAUCAGAGAGGGUACAGAGAACACCCCUCCUAAGCCUAGUUUUGUUGCUAUGAUGAUGAUGGAGAUUGAUCAGUUUGUGAUGACAGCUAUCACCAGUGAUAUGUUGGCUGCCGAGGAUGUUGAAUCUGAUCCAGACGACUUAAUCUUUAACAUUACUUCCCCCCUGGGCCAUCAGCAAGGCUACAUCAUCAGUACAGAUGAUCAGAACCUCCCCAUCACCUCGUUCUACCAGAGAGACAUUAAAGAUUUGAAGAUAGCCUAUAAGCCUCCGUCCGAGGAUUCAGAAGUAGAGAGGAUUUUCCAGCUCGAGUUUGAAAUUGUAGAUACAGAGGGCGCCGUCUCUGAUACGUUUGCCUUUAUGAUUGUGGUGAAGCCUAUGAAUACUCUUGCUCCCGUAGCAACCAAGAACACAGGGCAGCUUUUGUUUGAGGGCCAGUCCAGAACUCUCUCCAGCUCUCACAACUUAGAGAUCAGUGAUGAAGAUAACCUGGACAAUGUGAAAAUCACAGUGGUGGACGGCUUGAAGCACGGKGAGCUGYCGGUGCUCGGCGCGCGCAGGAAAUUCUUCACACCUGCCGAUUUAGAUGCCGGCAUCGUGGUUUACCAGCACGACGGCAGCGACACCUACAGCGACAACAUCAUUUUUAGAAUGACUGAUGGCAGCAAUGAGGUCGAGUUUUUGUUCCCUAUCACUAUAGCCCCCACUGACGAUGAACCCCCUAUUAUCAAUGCAAACACCGGCCUGGUGCUUUUCAAGAAUGAAAUCAUGCAGAUUUCCCCCUUCAUUCUGAGCGCCACYGACAUAGACUCAGAGGAUUCUACCAUUAAAUUCAUCCUUGAGGCCCCGUACUCCACUGUAGGGGAGCUUAUCCUCAGACAAGUGGAGCCUCCCUCUAACCCCUCUCUCUGGAAGUUCAGUGAGACAGAUGAGAUGUUUGAACAGGUGGUGACCGAAUGUUUCCAGCAGGACAUUCUAGAUGGGAAGCUCUUCUACCGCCACAUUGGGCCUCACAGCACCACCACUGUGAUGGAUCAGUUUGUGUUCCGCGUCCAAGACGACAAUAACCCACCAAACCAGUCCGGUGAGCAUACCUUCACCAUUAAAAUCCACCCGGUGGAUGACCUCCCACCAGAGCUCUACCCAGGGACCACGCUUCACAUGACAGUGCAAGAGUAUGAGCUGACUCACUUCAAGAAGACGUUUUUGCGUUACACAGAUUUGGACUCGGAUGACAGGGAUCUGAAAUACACCGUCAUCAAGCCCCCCACUGACACAGACGAGAACAACCCGGCCCCCCUGGGUGACAUUGUUCUGACUGACAGUCCCGACUCUGUGAUCAGUGAGUUCACACAGGCGCAGGUCAACCACCACAAAGUGGCCUACAAGCCUCCAGACCAGGAACUGGGUAUCACUCCAAAAGUCCUUCAGUUCACAUUCAUUGUGGAGGAUACUGCUGGGAAUACAGUAGAUGGACUAUUCACUAUUUUCUUACAGCCCGUUGACAACAAGCCUCCCUUUAUCACCAACACUGGUUUCACUUGCCAGGAGAGAAGCACGUACAUCAUCACUAAGAAGGAGCUCGAUGCCACAGACCAGGACACAGAAUAUGAAAAUAUUCUAUUCACUGUGACCCAGAUUCCUCGCUAUGGGCAGUUGCAGUAUUUAGGGAUCGAUAUGUCYAACAGUGAGACAUUUGUCCUGGAUGACAUCGAAAAUGGCCAUAUUGCCUACAUCCAUGGCGGGGAGGAAAGCCUCAGUGACGUUAUCAAGUGUGACGUCAGCGACGGCUUCCAUGAGGUACCUAUCAUCAUCAAGAUCUCCAUUAACCCAGUUGAUGACAAGACCCCCACCAUCAUGCUCCCUGCUGGCCUUCUAGGGGCAUCCAUCGAUGUCCUGGAGAACGGGGCAACUGAAAUCACCAGCAACGUCAUCCAGGGCCAUGACGAAGACACUGACGACCUCAUGCUGACCUUCAUCGUUGAGGAGCCCCCCAGGCUCGGUGAGAUCCUGGUGAGCGGUGCCCGCGCCGAGAGGUUCACCCAACAGGACAUCAUCAACGGCGUGGUGAUGUAUGCCCACACUAGUGGUGAGAUCGGCUCCUUCAAAGAGCAUGACUCCUUCAACCUCACCAUCUCCGACAUGUCCGAUGAAUGGGUCGUCGGGGGCAACAAGGUACAAGGAGUCCGGGUGCUCGUCACCAUCCUGCCCGUCGACAGCAUCCCACCCAUCGUCAGUGUCGGGGAGCAGUUUGUGGUGAUAGAAGGGGAGAAGAARGUCAUUACUCUGGAUCACGUUAUGACUGAGGAUAUGGACACAGACAACAAUGACAUCCUGUGCACCGUUAUUGUCCAAUCAACAUCCGGGUACGUGGAGAAUAUCUCCCCAGCUCCAGGUUCUGAGAAGUCCAGAGCAGGCACCGCCAUCACCGCCUUCAGCUUCAAAGAUGUCUUCCUCGGUCAUAUCUACUAUGUCCAGAGCAUCCACAAAGGUGUGGAGCCUGUGGAAGACAGGUUCACCUUCCGUUGCUCCGACGGCAUCAACUUCUCUGAUCGCCACUUUUUCCCCAUCGUCAUCAUCCCUGCCAAUGAUGAGAAACCAGAGAUCUUCAUCCGUGAGUUUGUCGUGAUGGAGGGCAUGAGUCUGGUCAUCGACACACCCAUCCUGAAUGCGGCCGAUGCAGAUAUUCCAGGGGACGAACUGGAGUUUGAGAUCAUAAAGAACCCCAAGCAUGGCAAGAUAGUUCAGCAGCUUACAACGGGAACAGUCCCUGUUGUCAGGUUCUCAUUGGAACAGAUCAAUGAGGCCUCCAACAUCAUCUACGAACACGACGACUCAGAGACCAAAGAAGACAGCUUCGAAGUUAGGCUCACAGACGGGAAACACACAGUGGAGAAGAAGAUUCUCAUCAUGGUGAUUCCUGUCGAUGACGAGACACCGAGAAUGGCCAUCAAUGACGGACUGGAGGUUGAGAUUGGAGAAACCAAAAUAAUCAACAACAGAGUCAUGAAGGCUACUGAUCUGGACUCGGAAGACAAAGAGCUCAUCUACGUUGUGCGCUACYGCCCAAGCCAAGGCUAUCUCCAGCGUAUCACCAAGUUCGGACACGUUGUGGGCAACAUCACCCUCGACAUGAACUUCACCCAAGACGAAGUCGACAAAAACCUGAUCCAGUAUGUGCAUACGGGCCAGGAGGGUGUCCGUGACCUGCUUAAGUUCGACGUUACUGACGGCAUUAACCCCCUUAUCGACCGAUACUUCUACAUCAACAUCGGAAGCAUCGACAUGGUUUUCCCCGAUGUCAUCAACAAAGGCGUGACCCUAAAAGAAGGGGGCAAAGUGACUCUCACCACUGACCUGCUCAGCACCACUGACAUCAACAGCCCGGAUGAGUUCCUCAGCUUUAGCAUCACACGUGCCCCUAGCAGAGGCCAUCUUGAAUGCACUGACCUCCCAGGUGUGCCCAUCUCCACCUUCACCCAGCUGCAGCUGGCCGGCAACAAGAUAUACAUCCACACCUCAGACGAUGAGAUGAAGAUGGAUAGCUUUGAGUUCGAGGUGACGGACGGCUACAACCCGGUCUUCCGCACCUUCAGAGUGUCCAUCACUGACGUGGACAACAAGAAACCUGUCCUGAGCGUCCACAAGCUGCUGUUGGGAGAGGGCGAAAACAAGCUCAUCACCCCAUUCGAGUUGACCGUGGAGGACCGUGACACCCCAGACAACCUGCUGCGCUUUGUGGUCACCCAGGUGCCYGUUCAUGGCCAGUUGCUGUUCAACGGCACCCAGCCAAUCAACACCUUCACCAAGCAGGACCUGAACGAGAACCUCAUCACCUACAAGCACGAUGGCACCGAGUCCAACGAGGACAGCUUCUCGUUCACCGUCACCGACGGCACACACAACGACUUCUACGUAUUCCCUGAUACCGUGUACGAGACACGUAAGCCUCAGAUGAUGACCAUUCACAUCAGCACUAUUGACAAUGGGGUCCCCCAGAUCGUGGUCAACAAYGCUGCCCCGUCCCUAAGGGUUCUGCAUAGCGGCCACCUUGGCUUCCUGAUCACCAGCAAGGCCCUGAAGUCCGAGGAUCGAGACAGUCCUCACAAAGUCCUCAAGUACACCGUGGCCGAGGCCCCACAGCACGGCUUCAUCAUGAACACCGCCCUGGGCAAUGACAGCAUCAAGGCCUUCACACAAGCUGAUAUCGACGAAAUGAAGAUUUGCUACGUGCUGCUUGAUGGUAGCAACGCCACAAGUGAUAUCUUCUACUUCACAGUAGAGGAUAAAG